AACACUGCCUCUGAUUUAUCAAUAUAAAAAAGAUCCUCUCAGAGGAGGGCACUUUUGUGUGAUGGCAACUUCACUUCUAGGGGAGGAACCGCGGGUAGGCUCCACGCCGCUGGCCAUGCUCGCCGCGACCUGCAACAAGAUCGGCAGCCCCAGCCCCUCGCCGUCAGCCCUCUCGGACAGCGCGUCCUCCUUCGGUAAAGGCUUCCACCCCUGGAAACGCUCCACCUCCUCCUCCUCGGCGGGCAGCUGCGGCGCCGUGGGCUCUGGCCUCCCGGGCUUCGGCGUGACUGGUGCGGCGCGGAACAGCUCCUCGGCGGCGGCGGCAGCGGCAGCGGCGGCCGCUCUGGUCUCGGACUCGUUCAGCUGCGGCGGCUCGCCGGGCUCCAGCGCCUUCUCCCUCACCUCCAGCAGCGCGGCGGCCGCCAGCUCGCCCUUCGCCAACGACUACUCCGUCUUCCAGGCGCCGGGCAGCGCCGGCGGCGGCGGCGGCGGUGGAGGAGGCGGCAGCGGGGCGGCGGGACAGGAGGCGGCUGCGCACCAGCCCGUCUUCAUCUCCAAAGUGCACACGUCGGUGGAGGGGCUGCAGGGCAUCUACCCUCGGGUGGGCAUGGCGCACCCCUACGAGUCCUGGUUCAAGCCCUCGCACCCGGGGCUAGGCGCCGGCGAGGUGGGCUCUGCGGGCGCCUCCAGCUGGUGGGACGUGGGCGCCGGCUGGAUCGACGUACAGAGCCCCAACGGGGCGGCGGCGCUGCCCGGCUCCCUGCACCCGGCGGCCGGCGGGCUUCAGACCUCGCUCCACUCGCCGCUUGGCGGCUACAACUCGGAUUACUCGGGCCUGGGCCACUCGGCCUUUAGCAGCGGCGCCUCCUCGCACCUCCUCAGCCCCGCCGGGCAGCACCUCAUGGACGGAUUUAAACCGGUGCUGCCCGGCUCCUACCCGGACUCGGCCCCCUCGCCGCUGGCCGGCGCCGGGGGCUCCAUGCUAGGCGGCGGCCCCUCAGCGCCUCUGGCCACCUCGCCGCGCUCCUCUGCCCGCCGCUACUCGGGCCGCGCCACCUGCGACUGCCCCAACUGCCAGGAGGCUGAGCGGCUGGGGCCGGCAGGGGCCAGCCUGAGGCGGAAGGGGCUGCACAGCUGCCACAUCCCCGGCUGCGGCAAGGUCUACGGCAAGACCUCGCACCUGAAGGCGCACCUGCGCUGGCACACGGGCGAACGGCCCUUCGUCUGCAACUGGCUCUUCUGCGGCAAGCGUUUCACCCGCUCCGACGAGCUGCAGCGGCACCUGCGGACCCAUACGGGAGAGAAGCGCUUCGCCUGCCCCGUCUGCAACAAGCGCUUCAUGCGCAGCGAUCACCUGAGUAAGCACGUCAAGACCCACAGCGGUCCCGGCGGCGCCGGUGGCCCCGGUGGUGGCGGCCCCGGCGGUGGCCCCGGCCCUGGCGGCAAGAAGGGCAGCGACACCGACAGCGAGCACAGCGCGGCAGGCAGCCCGCCCUGCCACUCUCCGGAGCUGCUGCCGGCCCCCGAGCCCGGCCACCGCAACGGCUUGGAGUAACUUGCGGAGGCUCGGGGCCGCCGUUCCGGCCCCGGCCCGCCGCCUCCCCGGGCGCACAGCCUCGCGGCGGGGACGCGGACACGUAAGUAGCCGGCGAAGCUCCGCAGGGGAGCCCUCAGUCCCCCGCGGCAAUCUCACUGCCCGUCUGGAGCCCCGAACGGGGCGGGCGGUGCAGCCGAGCCCGCGGCGGGGUAGGGGGCUGCUGGGCAAGGGGCUAGAGCCGCGGACACCCGUGGGGAGGCCUGCGCCUCCUCCCCUUCGCCUCGAAAUACCCCCUUCGGGUUGCGUUUAGAGCGGAUAAAACCCACGUUCCCUCCCUCUUUCCCGCUGGAAACCUGUUCUAGCCCCCUCCCUCCACCGCCAGCGCUGGUACAGCAGGGGUGCACUCAAGCAGCAGACGGGAGAGCCGGGGCUGCCCCAGGGCGAGGGCACCGACGGCAGCGCCCGCCGGCCGCAGUCGCUCUCUCCCGCGCCUCCGAGCGCAGCCUCCGAGCUAUCCCCACCUCGUACACCACUUAAAGACCCUCCGCUUCCCAGACGGGAGCGGCAGUGCACCCUCCUUCCUUUCCCCUCUCUCCCCCCACCUUUUAAUUUUAACGCAUCGUUUACCUCCCCUAGCUCAAAUUCAUAUAAUUCCUGUUUGAGCAGGAAUCGCGAAAUACUCUGAAAAUAAUUAGGUUGAAAGUCAUAUAUUUUUAACUCCAACCACAGGAAGAAGCACCGUGGGUUUCAAGUGAAGCUGUAGUUCCAAUGCCAAAAAGGGAGGCUGGGAGGGGGAGGAUAAGAAAACAAACUAUUUGUAAAAUACGUCUGAACCUUUAGGUUUGUACAACUGGGGAAUCGUUUUAGAUUAGCUAACAAUUUAAUACAACUCCACCAGUGUAUCGGUGUGAGGUGCAGUUGUCCAGGAGACGAUUUUGUAUAGUAUUUUUCUUGUAAAUGACUUCCAGUAAAUAUUUGAAAAUAUAUUGAAGUACACUUGAGCUUUUUAAUUUUUGUUUGUUUUUUUCCUUUUUUUUUUUUUUUUUUUUUUUUUCCCUGUCACGAGAAAGCAUUGCUGUCGCAGUCCUGGUUCACUGCAUUCUUUUUCUGGACUCAUUCCUUGAGGCGUACAUAAAAUCGCACUUCAGGAUAUAGGUUUUGCUUGAAUAUUAAUUUAGGUAGUUAUACAACUGUAAUUAAGCAAACUAUUUGAUAAAUGUUGAAUGACAUUUAAUUUAAUGGAGCAUGUACUUAUUUGCAUUUGCUGGCAGUUCAGGUAUAGUUACAGUGAGAGUUCUCCUAUAUUUCAUAAAGUGGGUUUGCCACGACCCAUGUAUUAAAUAAAAUGUCCAAGUGAAACUGAACUAACUUCGGCCUAUGUGUAUUUCCUGAAAAAUAAUAUUGAUCAAUGUUAAUAAACACUCCUGACACUACAUUAGCAGUUUGCAAGGCUGCAAACUAAUUGUCUCAUUGUAAUGUUGAAAUAAUUUGGAUAUUUCACAUUGAAAUGGAAAGCCCUUCCCUGGAACAUUUUAGAUUUGCAUUUUAAAUGCAUGAAAUGUAAUUGAUUUUUAUCUGUAAUAUUUUAAAUGGUAUUAAUAAACUCCAGAUA